UUUUCUAGCUAAGAUUGAUCAGUUUUCACAAAUAUCUACACACACACACAUACACGCAUCAAAAUAAAACAGUUUUUCCAUUUUUUUUUUUUCAUAAUAUAAAAAUUUAUGUACUUUUCGGCCUUUAAGUAAGCAACUCCCUUCGAGUUUUUCAACGGAUUUCAAUUCAUUAUGCUCUCGACUGGUCAGAAUCUUUGCAAAUUCAUUAACAAUUUGGCCAAUGGCUCUCCAUGGCAUUGUCCAAAUCGAAAUGCCCAUUACAAAGGAAACAACAGAGUUGAGAAUUCAAGCAAACUUCAUCAAUAUAGAGCAAAAUGGCAGCAAAGUGAACCGAAUCCUGAAUAUCAUCAUGCUCCACGCUCUUAUGUGAGAAACUAUCUCAAACAUUUAAAUGAACCGAUGAUGGAGACCCCGUACUCUUCUGGCAUUAAUCAACGACCAAUGAGUUAUCGUAAUCCUCGUUAUCGUUGGUUGGAUUUCCGAAGGCGCAUGGUCUAUGGUACAUACGAUAUAUAGUUAGAAUUUAUAUAUAUAUCAUAUGAGAGAUUAUUUUCACAAUAAGUGUGAAUGAAAAAUAACACAAUACACAAGAAACAAUAACAAAGAAUUGUCUACACAAAUAAUUAAUAUAAGUAAUAAAAAGAAAUACGUAAAAUACAAA